AAUCUUCCGUAUUAGCCAACUGGAGCCGCUUAUGUUGUUCGGCGAGCAGCGACAGUUCUGCGCGGUAGGAGGAGAGAACUGUUUUUAAAACUAACCGGUGGACCGGCGCCGCUGUUUGUCUCAACUACCUAGCGGGGGGCGUAGUUGUGUUCAUGUUGUGCAGUUUACAGUGUUUACGCGAAGACUUUCCACUGGCGACGCGCAUCGCUUCGCCCGGAGGGUCCUCGUCGGCGACGACACCCUCUGCUCCGCUAGCGCCAACCGUUUAGAAAAUGACCGGGGAGAAGGUCCGCUCCCUGCGCAAGGACCACAGGCCGAGCAAGGACGAGGAUUUACUGGAGCCGGACGAGGAGGCGGCCACCGGGACGUUCGCCGCCGCCAAGGCGGGCGGCAGGAGCAGAGCGAGUAAAAUCUUCAGCAACCACAAGUUAAUCAAGUCGCCGUCCACGCAGCAGCACAACCAGCAGCCGCAGGUUAACGCCAACACCAACACGCUGUCAACAGCGGACGUUGUCGAUGACAACAACAAGAACCCGGUUGUCCGAACCGGGCACGACUUCCCGGUGCACGAGUGCGUGUUCAAGGGAGACGUCCGCCGCCUGUCUUCGCUCAUACGGACGCAGAGCAUCGCGCAGAAAGACAUCCACGGAAACACACCACUGCAUCUUGCUGUCAUGAUGGGACACAAAGAAUGUGCCCACCUGCUGCUGGCCCACAAUGCACCGGUGAAGGUGAAGAACGCUCAGGGAUGGAGCCCGCUUGCAGAGGCCAUCAGCUACGGGGACCGUCAGAUGAUCACAGCUCUGCUGAGAAAGCUGAAGCAGCAGUCCAGGGAGAGCGUGGAGGACAAGAGACCCAAGCUGCUGAAAGCCCUGAAAGAGCUUGGCGACUUCUACUUGGAGCUUCACUGGGACUUCCAAAGUUGGGUGCCUUUGCUCUCCAGAAUCCUGCCUUCAGAUGCAUGCAAGAUCUACAAGCAGGGCAUCAACAUCAGAUUAGACACUACCCUGAUCGACUUCACGGACAUGAAGUGCCAGCGCGGCGACCUCAGCUUCAUCUUCAACGGCAACGCCGUCCCGUCGGAGUCCUUCGUGGUGCUGGACAACGAGCAGAAGGUCUACCAGCGGAUUCACCACGAGGAGUCGGAGAUGGAGACGGAGGAGGAGGUGGACAUCCUGAUGAGCAGCGACGUCUACUCCGCCACGCUCUCCACCAAGUCCAUCACCUUCUCCAGGGCACAGACCGGCUGGCUGUUCAGAGAGGACAAGACGGAGCGCGUGGGAAACUUUCUGGCAGAUUUCUACUCGGUGAACGGCCUGGUGCUGGAGUCCAGGAAGAGACGGGAGCAUUUGAGCGAGGAGGACAUCCUGAGGAACAAAGCCAUCAUGGAGAGCCUGAGCAAAGGAGGGAACCUCAUAGAGCAGAACUUCGAGCCGACGCGGAGGCAAUCUCUAACCCCCCCCUCACCCAACACCAUCUCCUGGGAGGAAUACAUCACUGCCGACAACGGGAAAGCUCCUCAUUUAGGGAGAGAGCUGGUCUGCAAGGAGAGCAAGAAAAACUUCAAAGCCACAAUAGCCAUGAGUCAAGACUUCCCUUUGGGCAUUGAAUCGUUGUUGAAUGUUCUGGAGGUGAUUGCACCGUUCAAGCACUUUAAUAAACUCAGGGAGUUUGUUCAGAUGAAGCUCCCACCCGGCUUUCCUGUUAAACUCGACAUCCCUGUAUUUCCCACCAUCACGGCCACGGUGACGUUUCAGGAGUUUCGCUAUGAUGAGUUUGACCAGUCCAUAUUCACCAUCCCCGGCGAUUAUAAAGAAGACCCGAGUCGCUUCCCUGACCUUUAAACAGGAAGCGAACAACGCCAGGCUACAAACUGAAGAACUGUGGGAGGGUUCUGGACUUCACGGCCUAUGACACUGAGUACAGGCCACAAAACGAUGCAAGGACUGUGAGCACCUCCUCCGUUAACGUUAAAGUGGGUGUCAGCGAACAUUCCUGAUACACGUAGAGGAAAUUAGAGGUAUUUAAGUCUGAAAGAGGACGUGUUCAACUGACAGGACAUCAAACACUGACUGAGAGGUUUCUGGAAGGAUCUCACUAAAAUCAGUUUUUAGGUUCGUUACCUACUGAAGCAGAUUUUUAAAUAAUCUCAAGGUGCAAAGUUCUUUUUAGUUUUGUGAUAUAAGAGAUCACUGUAAAUUUACACGUCAAGUGGUAACUAGUCUGUACUUGUAUAAGGCCUUUCUACCUUACUGGUACUCAGAGCGCUUUAACGCUGCUUCUUAGUCGCCCAUUUCCACACACGACUGCUUCGGUGUCUUGCCCGAGGACACGUGGACAUGAGCGAGGAAGGCAGGAAUUGAACCACCUACUGCUCUACGUCUGGAGCCACCGUCACCCUGAACGCCCCCACAGUAAAGCCGGUUUACACUAAAAGGCGUGAAUGAGGCCCUGAGAGGAGGGUUGGGUUGGGAAGUCAACCUCCGUGUCCACGGCCUCAUUUUGCUCCAUUACUUUCCUCAGACUCCUAUAGUUUGGUUUUGGAGUUUGGAGCAUCUCGUCCUCCUGAAUGUCCACACUCUGCACGAGCAACAGGCACAGACGUGGCUGCUGGUGCUGCCUCAGCCCCCCGGUCUGACGGGUGGAGGCUGUGAUGCAUAGAGUACCUGCUGCCCACCACUAUGGUUCCUUCUCUUUGUCUUGUGCAUGACUGUCAAUUUAAUGCACACCUUCCAAAUCCACAGGAGGAUGAGGACAUUUAGAAAAGUUCCCUGAGAGGUACUGAACAAAAGUCAUCACUUUAAAUUCACAAAGCUGAAAAUCUCUUUCUACUUUUGUAGAUUAAGAAACGUUUUCUGCACAUUAUUAAGCGACUUGCAUCAGUGAUUUGUGGAGUAGCGUCACUGAAUCUUUUUGGGGCACGAUUUAAAUCCACUACAGCAACUCUGACACUUGUGAUCGAACCCUCACUCCUGCUUUGACUCGUCCAGGGAGCAGUUACGAUGUCGACGCUUCCUGCACGAUUCCUCACCUUUUGUAAAUUAUGUAACAAAGUGUACAGUCCUGCAUAAAGGAGGCUGGAUGUAUAGAAGGAGGCUUCUCGCUACCGAGUCGUGCAGGUUUUACUCAAUGAACAGCAGGCGUUCCCUGUGGUGUACAUGCGUCUUACAUCGUUUACCUUGGUUUCUUUUUAUUUGUGCUCAUGAAGAGGAACAAAUGGAUGUGGAUUAGUUUUUUUCUGUAGCUUCAUGUUUGAUUUUACCAGUUUGAACCAUGGUAGAGGUUGUUGUUUUUUUUUGUAUUUCUCAUCCUCCUUUGUUGUAGCCAACCACGUGAAGAGCCGACAGAGCUGCUGUCGUUCGUAGCUCUUGAAUAAACAGCUGUUGUAGAGGACAGUCAACUUAUGCUCGUUUGUUAGCUGCCACAGGACUAGUUCUGACGGCUAAAGGUCAGCAUCCAGCUAAGCUUCCUUUAUGUCCCCAUGUUUUACGUUUUCAACCAAUUGCAUUUCUAUUAUUCACCUGUUCAGUACUGGAGCUAAAGGACAUGUGCCCCUGCUGAAACCUUUACUUCAGCUGUUUGAUUUUUACCUUGUGUAAGAAGUGAUUCAUUAAUCUACAUGUCAGUUGUACAGCAAAAACUGUUGUAUAAGUCUCCAACACUAUUUUCGUAUAAAAUGUACUAAAAUAAAAACAUUCACAUCUGA